ACACCGGUACGUCUUGGCCCGGCCACAGGCGCAGAGGGUCGUCUCGAGCAGCGCCGUCUCGAUCGGAGGACCCACGGCACCGGCACCGCUCAAUCGCCCACACAGCCAUGAGGGACAGCAUGCGACUGGCACUGGCACUACUGCUCACGGCUCUGCUGGUGCUGCCCAGACAUCACGUGACCGCCUCGGAGCCACGUGACCUGAGGUCAGCCGGCAGCGGCGAGAUGCUAUCCGGCGACAUCGACAACUACCUCAGCGAGCUCAAGGAUUUCUACACGAAAGUCGGCAGGCCCAGGUUCGGCAAACGCAGCACCCGCGUCCGGCGGUGGCGCACGGUGGCGUCACUCGGUGACGUCAUACACGAGCUGCGCUUCUGAACGCGUGCCGGCAUUGCGGGCGACCGCUCCUCGGCCGCGCGAACAGCUGUGAGCUGAGGACGACGCCGGUUCGAAUCCCAUCGAGUCGCCGCGACUUUAACGACGGACAGCCGCUGAGAGGGCUAAGGAGAGAAGAUAAAAAGGAGGACGACUGAAGCGCAAGUCGGAAAUGGUUGGGAGAUUGGCCGCCAAAACCCAGCUACCCGUGAAAAUCGCCACCGAACCGCGGUUUCAGCUACAACGGUCAUGAUCGGAUACUGUAUUGUCUGCCGCGUGAGAGAGGGAGAGAGAGAGAGAGAGAGAGAGAGAGAGAGAGAGAGAGAGAGAGAGAGAGAGAGAGAGAGAGAGAGAGAGAGAGAGAGAGAGAGAGAGAGAGAGAGAGAGAGAGACGCUUCAUCGUCGAUUUUGUCAUCUUUGGAUGUCGACACCGGUGACGUCUCGGUCGGGCCGACUGCUGAAAUGUUCUCGAUUUGGUCGGCGGCGCUGUGCGAAUCCUCGUUCUCUCUGAGCUGUCGGCCGCCGAAAGGUCGACCAUUCAGUGUCGGACUGAUAUAGUGGCGAGGCUUAAUAUCUGCACAUAUGAGCUGAUGAGAGUAUUCCAAUGGCAUUGUUCUCUUAUUUGCAUAUGAAUAUGAGAUUGAAUGGCCUCAUUCAGACCGCAUUACUUACUUUGAAUGACUCCUAAUAGUUACCAGAAACGCACUGUUCUGAAUCCAGAGGCUGGAGGAAGCAUUAGUGGUAUUUAGAAAUGGUUAUGGUUCACCUGGCUGGUCGUUAAGCGAACUUAUCACAUAUGCUGCUGGAUAUUACUUAAUGACAUAUUGUUUCUAUAUGUUGUAUUUGCCUGUGUGAUAUAAGUCGUUAUAUUUAUGCUAUCCUGCUUUGUAUUAUUUGAUAUUGAAAGGAAAAUAUGUUUACCAUGGUCAUAUGAGGUGCUUCGUUUGCUCGAUGUGAUAUAGUCCAGUUUAAGACAUGAUCGCAAUUAGGGCGCCCAAAGUUACCAUAGUCAUAGGAGAACAAUGCUGUAGACAUUUAUUUGUUGUUAAUUUUUUCGAAGUUUAGCAUGUAUAGCACGUUAUGUACCUAGUAAUGAUUGAUUGCUUAUCUGUGUUUAAAUAGCACACGUUAUAAUGCAUUUUGCCAUUUUAUGAGCCACACGUCAUGGCCAAAAGGUGUACGGUUAUUGGGGUCAGCAAUGCAUCAGGUUCCCACCAUCCAAACAACUUUUCUGACGAUUGAAGAUCAGCUUCGUACCAAAUACAAAUAAUGCAAAUGUUUCACCGUGACACAUGAAACAUCUGAGGCUGGCAUGAAA